GAGGGACGAGGAAGUGACUCUUUAUCAACAAGAGGAAGUAGAUUCAUCCUUUGUCUUUAAGACGGAAGAAGCAGAGAGACGAGAGACGGAGAGGAACCAUGGCUGAAUUCAGAGGGAUUCAAACCUCUUUGUUCCUGAUUCUGAUGCUUCAGUUUACAGAAGCAGCAACAGAACAACGUCUCACUGUCAGAGAUGGAGAUGAAGUCACUUUGCCUUGUAACAGUGUGACUGAGGACCAGAACAACUGUGACUCUACUGAGUGGUACUUCUAUUGUUUAGGAAACAGAUCAACAGUUUAUCUGGUUACAAAAGGGCAGAUUGAUGAUGAAGCCAAAGCUGAAUCAGACAGACUGAGUGUUUCACAGAACUGUUCUCUGGUUAUGAAGAAGGUCACACGUGGAGAUGUUGGUCGUUAUCUCUGCAGGCAGUUCAGACCAGGACGACGACAUAAAUAUGCUGAGGUUUAUCUGUCUGUUGUUUCCAUGACUGAAGAGACGAACAGAGACGAGGUGACGUUAAGAUGCUCUGUGUGGACGAAUGAAGGAUGUAAACACACAGUGAAGUGGAUGAAUGGUGGUCAAGAUGUGGACAAAGACAAAGAAGUGAAGACAUCACCGUCUCUCUGCUCCGCCUCUCUGUCCUUUAAGACUUCUCACUUCUUUUACACAUCAAGCUUCACUUCAUUGAAGUGUGAAGUGACCGAUGGAGACAAAGUGAUGCAGUUUUCUCCCUCAGGUGAUAAAACAGGUGAAGACACAACAACAACAACAACCACUGAGGACACAAAAGCAGGAGACACAACGACAACUUCAGCAAUCAGAGAAGCUUCAGCAGAACCACAAAGCGGGUGGAGGCUCGUCUCUGUGUCCGUUGGAUUAGCAGCACUCAUAAUAAUACUUGUAGUCGUCAACAUGUGGAUUAGAAUCAAAGAGAGGAAAACACAGACGGAAGAAAACGCUGUGCGUUAUGAUGCAGAAGAUGACACAGUGAACUAUGAAAACAUGAGACCUGCUGCUGGAGUUUGAGCAACACGUCUGCAGAUCAGCUCCACCACCAUCUUCAUGGUGUCCCAGCUGCUGAUGUGGAGCCAGAUGUUGUCCUUCAUUGGCCUGCUGAGGUCCAAUAUUGAUCAAUCGUUCUCUGUCAUGUCACAGGUCAAACGUGUUGAGAAUUCAUAAGAAAAAGAAAAUAUUUGCUUCAUUUCUCUGAUUAUAUUUGUUUUGAAAGGGUUUAUUAUUUUAUUUUAGUCUGUUGUCUUUUGCUUUAUCAGCUGUAAAAAUGUUUCUGCAGCUGCUCACAACACAACAGCUGGAUUUUAACUUAACAGGAAACAUUAUUUAACUCUUAACUUGAUUAAGUUGUCUUUCAUUUGAUUAAGAGGUUUUCUGUUUGUUUAUUAAACUCUGGCGAGUUCAGUUUCAUUUCAAACAACUUUUAAUUUGCAUUUCUGUGAACAUAUUGUUGUCAUGUUCAUGUAUUUUAGUUUGUUGUUUUCAAUGAACAUUAAAAUCAGUCCAAUCCAAAAAUACAUUGUUUUUGUAAAUCAUGUAACCAUCUUCAAAUGGAUCUCUGUUAUUUUCAUAUUUCUCUUCAUCGUAUGAAUCUGAUCCAUGAAGCUGUGAAGCUCCGUGAUCCUCGUCUCUGUUCUCACAACUGGCUGAACGUGUGUCUCAAUGUGAACUUUCUCUCUGCUGUUUCCUCUCGUCUCUCUGAACUUCAGGUCAAAGGUCGGGCGUCCAACGAGUGUCUCUGCUGUGACGCCUGACUGACGACUGACUCACAAGAAAACAGCUUGUAUCUUAUGCAAGAAAAGAGUCCUUGCAUACCAGUUAAUAAAUGUGUUCUCUGUUGUGCUUUUUAUUCACA